AUGUCUUUUAUUGGAUUUUGGAAUUAUAUAGGAGCUAGGAAGUCUAAAGCUUCUCUAUAUGCAAGGGAGUUCAUCAGGGAGAAUGGUUUGUUCUUCCUAGGUUUGGUGGAGACUAAAAUUAAUGUUUUGGACAAGAAGGUUGUUAGUACUUUGGUUGGUGAAGGAUGGGACUACUUUCAUGUUCCAUCAGAAGGCCUCUCUGUAGGUAUCUUGGUAAUUUGGAAGCAAGAUAUGGCUAAAUUCAGCAUGCUGGGAGCUUCAUCUCAAUUCCUUAUUGGUGAUCUCAAUGUCAUCAAUAAAGGAACAUGGAUAAUUGCUACUAUCUACGGUAGCAAGGAUAUUGAUAGGAGAAGGAGUUUAUGGGAGGGGUUGGAGCAUUUUAUGACUGAUGAUUUCCCUAUGAUCAUAGGAGGUGAAUUUAAUUGUCUGCUUUCCAAGGAAGAAAAAGAAGGAGGAAGAAAUUUUGUUUUUGGCUUGGGACCAAGGGAGAUGAAAUCAUUCAUUACUUGUAAUAACUUGCAUGAGGUGGCUUGUGUAGGUCCCAAGUAUACUUGGUGCAAUAACAAGAGAGGAGUUGAUAGAAUUCUGGAGAAGCUGGAAAGGUGUUUGGUAAAUGCUACAGCCUUUAAUUCUUCCCACAGGCUUUUAGUGAAACAUUUGACAAGGUUGGCAUCGGACCAUUGUCCAAUAUUGUUUAAACUGUUGAACUUCAUCCCUCCUAAUAAGAAGGUUUUAAAGUUUGAAGAGGUUUGGUCCUCGAUUCCAGCAUCGAUUGUUGUUGUUUAUAAAUCAUGGAAUAAAAAUACUAAAGGUGAUCCUUCUCAAGCUCUUAAUGACAAGCUUAAGAGGACUUUAAGAGAUCUUCAUUUUUGGAGCAAGGCUAAGUUCAAGGCAAUGAACUUACAUAAAGAGGAGCUAAAAUCUAAAGUGCUGAGACUAUAG